AUGGAUAAAAAAUAUUCAGAACUUCUUGAGAAGAAGGGGAUCUUGGAGAAUGAACUUAAAAAUUUAGAAAAGACUAUAUUUGAUGAAGAAACAAAAUAUUUGGAGGAAACAGGUCAUUUAGGAAAUGUGAUAAAAGGAUGGGAAGGGUAUUUGAGUAUGAAGAAUUCUAAAUUGGGUGGAAAUUUAUAAAGGAAAGGGAAGAUAAAUCCAAACGAUAGAAUAUUUUCAUAGAGUAGCAAAACGUCGCCUUUUGUAUAGGAGGUUUCACAACCUGUUUAGACGGCUGGAUCUUAAAAAUAAGUGUUGAAUGAAGGAAGUGGAGAGGAGAAAAAAGAAUACCAUUUCAGAAGGACUAAGAAAAUAAUAAAUAUGUUAGAUUUCAAAAGGGGAGGUUUUCACUCUCCGAUGACAUCUAGUGAUGAAUAUCAUGAAAAGAAGGGCAAAGUACAAAAGAGGAUUUGA